AUCACAGCAAACUCCGUAAAGAAUUAUGAUGGCCUUUUCAGUCCGAGAGAAGAUACGAGCAGUCCAGUGAGCCAACGGCCAUCAGCGAGGGCAUCUCUUGCUCUCGGCCUCGCUGUACGACUGACUCUUCGUUAAAAUGGUCUCUUAUGGGCACUAUUCAGGCAAUGCUAAGUGCUAAACUAUCUUUGUCUCUCGGGUCAUUGUCGACUCCAGCUAGCGCGCUUCUCUCUUACAACUCACUUUUUUUUAUGUCAGCACCGAGGGAACGCUCUUUUCUCAAGGCUUGCUGGGGAUCAAGGAUCGAUUGAACUGGAGGAGGAGGAGAUCUCGGGACGGUGGUCAGACCGUCUCGAGCCGAUCUCCUUGGAUAUAAGUUCCAUCUGUCUUUGCCUUGAAGAUAGCUUGAAAACAAAUUAUUCAAAGGGACUUUGAUGGAAGAUUUAUUUCUUUGCUAUUUGUUGUUUGUUUGGAUUUGCUUGACAAAGUCGCAGUCUGUUUACUUGAAAGGUUAAGUUGAAUUUCUAGAAGUAAUUUAAGGAAUAUGGGAUGCUUUAUAUCUACCCCGAAAGAUGCAGUUGAAUAUAGAAGAAGACCUGGAAAACUUGGAGAGGUGGCUGUAUAUGUGCCUGGAUUGCGCAUUCCCAAAAGUAUUGAUUUUUAUCAGCACCUUAAUGGUAGCAUAUCAACUGGUUUGAUAGAGCGUCUAUCAACUCUGAGAACUCGAGUGAUUGUGAUGACUGCACAAGAAGCACCAAUUGAGACAAAGCCAUUGCGAAAGACAGCUACACAACAUGGAGGUUCUACAAUAGCUGACCUUUUGCAGGCUCUUGAAGAUUACCUACCAGUCCUACUGGGUUUGGCUAAGGAUGGAAGUGAGGUCAAAUAUAAGGUGAAGUUUGUAUGGAUUAAUCAGGAGGAUGAUGUAGAGGAAACAACCAUGUCAAAUGUUUCCUACGAGAUAUUAUCCAUCCUUCACUUGAUGGCUACACUAUGCCUUUCUGAGGCCAAUCUCUUACUUCUUCCUAAAGCUUCUGUUGAUAUUUCUCACUCAAGGACUCCGGAAGAGAGUAGACGUGCGGCGAUUGAUAUUCUGUUGAAGGCUGCUGGCUAUUUGGAAUUUGCUGUUCGGCAUGUGCUUCCACAGAUCCCUCCAGAAGAAAGGAGGAAUCUUCCUAUAGACUUAGCAGAAGGAAAGCUGCGGGCUCUCUGCAUGCAAGCAUUGGGUCAGGGAGUUGAUCUUCAACUUGGUUUGGCAAUUGAUAGUCCCAAGGCCACAUUAGCAGUGAAAAGAAGGUUAGCUUGUGAGAUGGUCAAAUGCUGGCAGCAGGCCCAGGAUCACAUCACACAACUUCCUCUCGUUGAUGGUUGGGGGCAGAAGCACCGUCUUUUUAUUGAGUGGAAAUACAAUGAAGCAAAGGUGUGUUUAUAGUUUACUGAAUCCAGCAUAUUUUACCUCAGAAUAAUUUUUAU